AUGACGAUGCGUAAUUUGAGUUCUGUUUCCAAGCGAAUUUUUAUGGUGUUGCAGUAUAUUAUAUUCAAAUUAAUUGGAUUGUCACCUUGGACAAUUGAUGUUACUGAGCUGUUCAAUAAUAACAGGCGUAUGAUUAAUUACAAUAGUGAUUUUUUAAAAUAUUCGAUCAUUGGUGUCGUGUAUAAUUUGUUGUUAAUUAUUUCUCUCGGUUCAUUUCAUAUUUAUGUUUUAUUUUAUUCGAAUGAAGUAGGAUUUUAUGAGAUGUUUAUAGAUUCAGUUCUCACAUCUCGCGUUCAUUUAGUUAUGUUAAAUCUCGACAUAAUAAUAACGUUAGUAAUUUGGUUCAAUUACAUCGUACGACAAAAAAAAAUAAUUGAUGUGGUUGAACGCUUGAUAAAAUUGGACAAAAAAUUACAAAAAUACGAUUUCAUACUCAAUGAUUGUAAAAAAAAUUGCCGUACUUAUCUCAUAUUUUUUAUAAAUUUUGUUCUUUGUCUUUUUUUAUUGAUUAUUCAAUUAAAAAAAGUAAAUUGGUCAAUAAAUGCGCUUAUUGAAUUUAUACCAAUUGUAGUAAUGAGCUGGUCGAUGAUGCAAUUCACACUGAUGAUAAAUCUGAUUAAAAAGCGUUUUGAAAAGGUCAACAAGUUACUUUUAAGUUUGGGUAAUUUGGUAGAGACUGAAGAAGAAUUAUUGACAAUAGAUGAUGUCUUCUCUCUAAAGGAACCAGCUCCUAAAAAAAUAAUUGUCGGAUCGAUUGUUCAUGAUGUUGAUGAAAUUAAUGACAUGCACAGUGAGUUGUGUGAUUUGUGGUCUGAAGUACUUAAUUUUUAUGGAAUUCCUGUCUUACUAACAAUUUAUCAGUUUUGUGGAAAAUGUAUAAAUACUUCGUAUUUGGUUUGGAUUAUCUCCCACAUUUAUAGAAUUUAUGGAAGCGCUAUAUUCUCAAAUCUUUUCAUCAUUUUUGGAUUAUUUGUAAUGAUCAACACUGUCACGAAAACAAUAAUCGAUGAGAGUAAGAAGACGGCACGUAACAUUCACGUUCUUCAAAAUAAAUGCAUAAUGGACGAAAAAAAUUUGGAAAAACUGUGUGAUUUUUCAUGGAGUUUGUUGCACCGACAAUUGGAAUGCUGCGUUUGUAAUUUCAUCAACAUAGAUGGUACUCUGUUACUCACGUUGUUGGAUAUGGUUGUGGAGUAUACAAUAGUGCUGAUUGGAUUCCGAAUGAGUUAA